GGGGCCAUGGGAGUCGUUCUGGGCUACUGGGACAUCCGUGGGCUUGCUCAUGCAAUCCGAUUGCUACUGGAACACACAGGAACCUCCUAUGAGGACAAGCAGUAUUCUGCUGGGAAAGCUCCUGAUUUUGACAGAAGUUCAUGGACAACUGUGAAGGAUAAGCUGGGCUUGGACUUUCCAAAUCUGCCCUAUCUGAUUGAUGGCGAGACAAAAAUCACACAGAGCAAUGCCAUCCUUCGGUACAUUGCCCGCAAACACAAUAUGUGUGGCGAGAGUGAAGAAGAAAAUGUCAGAAUCGAUAUGUUUGAGAACCAUGUCAUGGAUUUCCGCAUCGCUUUUGCAAGAAUAUGCUACAGCCCAGAUUUUGAAAAACUGAAGCCUGAAUACUUGGAGCAGCUGCCAGGAAAACUGAAGCAGUUCUCCCAGUUUUUGGGGGACAGGAAAUGGUUUGCAGGAAAGAAGAUCACCUAUGUGGAUUUUGUUGCAUAUGAUGUCUUGGAUCAGCAACGAAUGUUUGAACCAAAAUGCUUGGAUCAGUUCCCAAAUCUAAAGGAUUUUCUCGACCGCUUUGAGGCCUUGGAGAAGAUUUCUGCCUACAUGAAAUCCAGCCGUUUUAUGAAAACACCCAUUUUCUGGAGAAUUGCCAAGUGGAACAAUGAAAAAGAGUAGUAGAGGUGGCCUUCAGCUUUGCACAGCUGGCAGUCAAUGAUCAUAUAUGCUAUAGUAUCAACAAGGACAGCUGUAUUAUGCAGCA